CCGUCACAUACAUCAUUCGUGGUGUUGGUAAAACUCACACAGGUACACGCGAACACUUCACACUUCUGUAACACCUGGGCCCAUCUGUAGCUCCGCCCACAGGGCGUGGAGAACCAGGGAAUUGUUUUUGACGCUGAAUUCCCAACAUCGCCCAUUCUUCAGAUUUCCACAAACUGCAUCGCCUUCCCGGCGUUUCCCAAGGAAUACUGUUUUAUUUCUACCAGCUCCAGUGCUCGGUUUCAAAGACGAAUAAUGUAAAGCUUUUAUCGCGAUCGGUCUCGUGGGAUUUGGAUCUGGCAGUUUACCCAAAGAAAUCUUGAUCUGGCAUCGCGAGUUUUUCCUGAGAAAGUGUGUCUGCAGCAGACCUCAAAAGGAUCAGAGGAAACCGAAGAGGCGGCGGAGGGCAGAGAGAGGCGGAAAAGUGAAAAGAUGGCGUGGAGAGCCUUAGCAGCAUUGACCAUGCUGUUGUGUAUUGGCUCAUCUUGCUGCGAUGAUAGUUGGAAACAGUACUCCUCUGCUGACACAAUCAACAAUGUCGUUCAGGACCCUAACACAGGCAGAAUCUACCUGGGUGCCGUAAAUGCCAUCUACCAGCUGAACUCUGACUUGGGUCUCGAGAGCACAGCCGUGACCGGGCCUAAGAACGACAACCCACAGUGCACUCCUCCAAUAACCGCACAGUGCACCGAUGCAAAGUCAACAAAGAACAUCAACAAGCUCUUGUUGGUCAACUCUCCAAACAGCACCUUGGUCGUGUGCGGUAGCCUGUUUAGAGGCAUCUGCUCCCUGGUGAACCUUAACAGCGUGGAGAAGUCGGUGUACUACAGCGACACCAAAGGAGAGAAGACGUAUGUGGCCAGCACAGAAGAGACUGUCGCUGUGGUUGGAGUUAUUUCUUAUUACAUAGACCUUAACACUAACACUAAUCUAAGUGUGUUUCUGGUGGGGAAGGGCUACGGUGGCUCAGACAGCUCGAAGCUUGUCAGCACUCGCUUGUUGCAGGAGCAUGGGGACAUGGACGUCUUCGAGAACAUGGUUGAGGCGUCCACUGUGCAGGCAAGCCCUUUUGCUCAACGUUACGUCCAUGACUUCCGUCAUGCUUUCAAGGAUAACGGCUACAUCUACUUCCUGUUUUCACGGACCCCGGGCACCAGCGACAGCAGGAAUAUCACGUUUUUGGCACGCCUGUGCGAGAACGACCAUAUGUAUUAUUCGUACACAGAGCUUCAACUCAACUGCUCCAGCAACAUCAAUGGACAGGAAAACACGUACAACAAGGUCCAAGCAGCAUACCUGGCCACCCCUGGAGAGGUUUUGGCUCAUGAUAUUAAGCUUUCCGAAUCAAACGAUAAGGUUUUGUUUGUGGUGUUAAGCACUGAUGAGGACAGCAGCCGUUCGGCAUUGUGCAUGUACCCGCUCAGCACCAUCAAUGCAAGGCUCAAGGAAGUGAUAGAGUCUUGCUACAUAGGAGAAGCUGGGGAGGAUGGGAAACCAAAGACAGUUUAUUCACCAUACGUCUCUAAACCAGAGGCCAUCUGUAAUAUUAAAAGAACGCUAGAGAUGGUCCAGAAUUAUAAAUGCGGAGCAGAGUUCCUUCCCUCACCACUAGCCAGUAAACCAGAAUACGCCUUGGCUGUCAAACCCAUCUUCACCAAAAAAGAGAUGCUGACAUCUGUGGCUGUGGCGGUAGAGAACGAUCACACGGUGGCCUUUUUGGGAACCAGUGGGGGAGAUGUAUUAAAGGUGCAUCUGCAGAACCCUCCCAGCACUAACUCCUAUAACAGGAUUUUGGGAGAACACACAGAUAGUGGGGUGAACAAAAACCUGUUUUUUGAUUCAAGUUUUGAUCAUCUAUACAUGACCAGUGGCAAAAAGAUCACGAAAGUGCCGGUUCAGGCUUGUGAACAGAAGAAAGAUUGUCAAUCAUGCAUGUCCCAGCGUGAUCCGUACUGCGGCUGGUGUGUGUUGGAGGGCCGAUGCACCAGGAAGAAAGACUGUAGCAGAGGAACAGAAAGGAACGCAUGGCUGUGGAGUCCAAAGGAAACUUGUGUGACCAUUCAGGCCUUUGAUCCUCCCAACAUCAGCCGCAAGAAAACAGAUGGCACAAAGGUUAAGAUAUACGUUCCCUCCCUCCCAAGCAUCUCUGGUUCAGAUACACUGCAGUGUGAGUUUGGUGAUUUCAUAAGCCCAGCUACUGUGGAGGGAAGUAAUGUCAGCUGCGCUCUCCCGACCUCUGAUUCAAUAUCACCCACACCUGACAAGCAAGAUUUUGUGGCAGUGCCGGUGAAAAUUAAGGUGAAUAGCCACAUCGAAGUGGCCUCCAGUUCGUUUCACUUCUACGACUGUGCAGCUGUGGUUAAGAGUGCAAAGAAUACACCUUGCAUAGCUUGUGUAACCAGUCAGUGGGGCUGCCAAUGGAACAUUCAGCAACACUCAUGUAGUGAUAAAAAUGAUGCUGCUGAGGGAUCCCAUAUCAUCAAACAUCUGGAGGUCGGUAUGUGUCCUCAGUUUGAGCUCCCAGAUCCUCUUCUCAUUCCUGUUGGCUAUAAAACCCCCAUCAAAUUUCAGGGCAAAAACCUGGAUUUUUAUUCGGGCAAAACCUUACAGAUCGGUACUGAGCUCAUGAAACAUGUGGGCGAGGUGAUCGUGGAGGCUGACGGUUCAAAGUACAGUUUUGAAGGGUUUGCGUUUGACUACGACAAAGAGCCAGAGGUGAACGUGACGUUCUACGUAAAGGAUAAAGACACAGAGAGGAUGAUUGACAGCACCCUUACAGUGGUGCUGUACAACUGUUCAGUUCGCCGUAAGGACUGCAGUCUGUGUAAGAAUGCAGAGGAGAAAUAUAACUGCGUAUGGUGUGACAACACAAAAUCCUGCCUCUAUAAAGACCUGUGCGAGAACCAAGACGAUACUCAAUGCCCUCCCCCGACAAUUACAGAUAUUAUCCCACGGUACGGACCAAUGGAUGGACAGAUCUCUGUUACAAUAAAGGGCUCCAACUUGGGCAUCAAGCAGGAAGAUAUUAAAAGUAUUACUGUGGCUAAAGUGCCAUGUACCCAUCAACCUGAGAGAUACUCUGUGUCUACCAGUGUUGUCUGUGAGAUCGGGCCUUUCCCCCCAUCAUUCCCUCACAGCCUGGAAGGGCCAGUGGAAGUGGAGGUUGAUGGAGGACGACGGGGACUGUCUACUGUAAAGUUCACUUACAGGGAUCCUGAUCCCCUAGAGGUGACCCCUUCUAAUGGGCCGCAAGCUGGAGGAACCCUCAUCACCAUUACAGGAGAAAAUCUGGACACGGCUAGCAAAGAUGACAUCAGCAUCUUAGUCGGAGGAGAGCCUUGUGAAGUGGUUACAUUCGGCCAGAAUAUUACCUGCAAGACGGGCCCAUAUAAAGGCCAAAAGAUUCCUUCCGAAAAGUUGACUGUCAGCGUGAAGUACGGCAAGGUGACCGUUAAAGAAGUUAAAAACGGAUUCGAAUACUCUGUCAAUCCCAAAAUUAAAGAGUAUUUUCCACAGUCUAGCUUUCUUUGUGGAGGCCGUAACAUCACUGUGAAGGGAUCAGGAUUUGGUCAGGUGCAGAGAGCCACCAUGCUUGUGCUGCCCUCUUCUGACGAUCUCACCGUCGCGCUGAGCAAUGUUACGUUUGUUGAGGAGUUUAGCAGCAAGAACGAGACGAUUCUGAAGUUCCUGUCUCCAGAAGUGCCAAAGGAAUACGAAAACCAGCCCUUAAAAAUAAGCAUCAAGCUGGACAACAUGGAGGAGGACCUAACGAACUUCCUUUACCACCCUGAUCCCACUUUCAUUUACCUGGAGGAUAAAACCAUCACAGAAGGCAGCAUCAUUGAUGUUAAUGGUCAUGGUUUCACCAGAGCCAUGUCUGUCCAAGAGGCCAAGGCGUUCGUGGGCGACGAACUUUGCGUAGUAACAAUCUUGGAAAAUGAUAAGCUGUUCCUCACUGCCCCCUCCAGGCGUCCUAAAUCCCCCUCCUUGCCUCCUAUAUCCACCCCCAGUCGCCAUCGCAGAGACACCAGCUCAGAGGCCAUGGAUCUCCAUAUACAGUUUGGAAAAGGAAGGUGGAAAGUGGGCUCUGUGCGCUUUGAGAGGAAGUACGAGGUUCCUCUGUACAUCAUAAUUCCGGCUGUCCUCAUUCCCAUGGUGCUCUUCAUUGCCAUGUCAAUAUAUUGCUACAGGAGGAAAAGCCAACAGGCCGAAAGAGAGUAUGAGAAGAUAAAAAAUCAGCUGGCCAAUCUGGAGGAGAGCGUUCGUGAUCGCUGUAAAAAAGAAUUUACAGAUCUUAUGAUAGAGAUGGAGGACCAAACUAGUGACCUAAGUGAAGCUCGGAUUCCAUUCUUGGACUACAAGAACUACUUGGACCGCGUUUUCUUCCUGCCCUCCAAAGAUGGAGUCAAUGACGUCAUGAUCACCGGCAAGCUGGAUAUCCCGGAAUCCCGCAGGGCCAUCGUAGACCAGGCCCUCAACCAGUUCUCCAAUCUGCUGAACAGCAAAACGUUCCUCAUCAAUUUCAUUCGUACCCUGGAGGAAAAGCCAGAGUUUAAUGCCAGAAAUAAGGUUUACUUUGCAUCGCUCCUGACCGUGGCUUUGCACGGCAAGCUGGAAUACUACACGGACAUCAUGAGAACCCUCCUGCUGGAGCUCAUGGGGGAUUACGUUCAAAGCAAGAACCCCAAACUCAUGUUACGCAGGUCCGAGACUGUUGUUGAGAGGAUGUUGUGUAACUGGAUGUCCAUAUGUCUCUACCAGUUCCUGAAGGACUCAGCUGGUGAGCCGCUCUAUAAGCUUUUUAAGGCCAUUAAACACCAGGUGGAAAAAGGGCCUGUGGACGCCAAGAUGAAAAAAGCCAAGUACACUCUGAACGACACGGGACUCCUGGGGGAUGAUGUCGAAUACAGCGUCUUGACCCUACAGGUCCUGGUUCAUGGUGAAGGUCCCGACGUGACUCCUGUCAAAGUCCUGAACUGCGACACCAUCUCCCAAGUGAAAGAGAAGAUCAUUGAGCAGGUGUACAGGAACCUGCCCUACUCGCAGAGACCCACGGUGGAGAGCGUCGCCCUGGAGUGGCGCCCCGGCUCCACGGGCCAGAUUCUGUCAGACCUGGAUUUGACAUCACAAAAGGAGGGAAAGUGGAAACGGAUCAACACGCUAGCACACUACAACGUCAGAGAUGGCGCCACGCUGGUCUUGUCCAAAGUUUUGCACACUCAGCAGUCUUUCGACCAGCACCAAGACAACCAUGAAGAAAGAAAUGCAUUGCUGGAGGAUGAUAAAGUAUUUCACCUGGUGAGACCUGCGGAUGAACUGGAUGAAGUCAAAUCAAAACGAGGAAGUAUGAAAGACAAGGCGACCACCAAAGCCAUCACUGAGAUCUACCUGACCAGACUCCUCUCUAUGAAGGGCACACUGCAGCAGUUUGUAGAUGAUUUCUUCCGCAGCGUGUUGUGUUCUGGGAAUGUGGUGCCACCUGCAGUCAAGUAUUUCUUUGACUUCCUGGACGAACAAGCGCUUAAACAUGACAACGUCGAUGAAGAGACCAUCCACAUAUGGAAGACCAACAGUCUGCCUCUACGGUUCUGGGUGAACAUCCUGAAGAACCCUCACUUCAUCUUCGACGUCCACGUUACGGAGGUGGUGGACGCCUCGCUGUCCGUCAUCGCCCAGACCUUCAUGGACGCCUGCACCAAGUCCGAGCACAAACUGACCCGGGAAUCUCCGAGCAACAAGCUGCUUUAUGCAAAAGAAAUCUCCACUUAUAAGAAGAUGGUUGAUGAUUAUUACAAAGGCAUCCGUCAGAUGGUUCCAGUCAGUGACCAGGAUAUAAACGCCCACCUCGCAGAAGUUUCACGUUCUCACACAGAUAAGUUGAAUACCCAGGUUGCAUUGCACCAGCUUUACCAAUAUGCCAGCAAGUACUACGAUGGGAUAAUCUCAUCGCUGGAGGAAGACCCUGCCGCCCAGAGCAAACAGCUGACGCUCAGACUUCAGCAGAUCGCCGCCGCGUUGGAGAACAAAGUCACCGAUCUUUAGUCUCACCGCCUGUGAAUCAAGGACACACUGGGGGUAAUAAGCAAAAAUUUCCAAGAACCCAUCCUGGAGGACUUUGGAAUCACGGAGGCUCUGUUGCAUAGACUGAAAGAGAUGAAUGCAAGGGAACCCUGACGUUUCUCAAUCAUGCGAUUUUGCUCUUCAUUCAAAGGGACCAAUAUAAACUCUUAUCCGAGAUUGUUAUCAUUCCCAAACUUUGAAAAGAUGGAAAAGUCAUUACGGUACUCCUCGCAUCAGCACGUGCACAAAAGAAAACCCAGCAUUUAUUUUUUUUUUCGUUCUGAAAAAUCAAUAAUCAGAUGUCCAGUAUAUUCUUCCUGUGUAGAUGAGAUAAAGUAUUAUAUGUAAAUAUAUUUUUACAAAAAAAUAAGGCUGCGAGAUGCUUAUCAGAUCGAUUCCUGUGGACUAUUUCCAUUUCCUGUGUAUUUUAAGUGCCACUCAUUCCUGUGCAGUGAUGUCACUUCCUGUCGUGGUACAUAUAGGCGUGACAUCAAAGCUUCUGUUAUUUUAUCGUAUUUUUAGCGAUGAUUGCCUAAAAUAACUUCCUAAUUUAACCACUUUAUUUGGCGAAAUGCAACAGAGGACAGAAUUCCCGACUGACUGUCCACAUAUCAGAAACCGAGUGCAAGCACAUUUGAUCCACGACGACACUCAGAACAAAGACUACGGAUGCUUCAAUCUCUCUUUGCUUUGGUGUCUUGAUGCAUUUUUAUGUUCCAUCUGUUCUUCAGCGCAUAGCUUGCCUUAUUUCACGAUGCAAUUAUGAUUUUUUUAUCAAUUUAAAACUGAUCAAGAGGAUGUUUGUGGUGCCGAUUAAUAAUUUUUUUUUAGGCAAAGACACGUAAUAGAGAAGUUCAUGAAUGCGGUAAUUUACUGUAUUGCCUUAACAGCAGUUAUGUAUACUGAGACUCGUACGCCACAUACAUUAUGAUAAUAUUAUCAGUUAAUUAUGAAUAUCAAUUUAUUCUGGUACUAUUUUAAGCUCUUAAGUAUAAUGAAAACGUUUGUUUUAAGUAAAGCUGCCAAAGCUUCACCUUAGCUAUCCACAAUCAUCUAUUUUUUAUCCUCGGCUUUACAUCAAUUUAAAGGCUUAAAGUGUAAUUAAAAUGGAUUAAAGGCAGCUGAUAAGCCUGUCAUUUUAUUUUUUUUAUCUGUGAAUGGUACUGUUUUCCUACCUGUAUGUUCUGACUCAAAUGUGCCAAACACUGGUUUGUGGGUUUUUUGGUUGUGAACUUCAUAAUGUGUGUGAAUGACUCCUGUUGCCUUUGGUAGCAGACGUGCACUGCAUAGUGUGACAAAGUCACAUUGCAGUCAAUCAGAGACUGGCACCGCCCAUUUUGAGGAUAAUGGACACAGCAGGAAAUGCCUUUAAUGUGUAAAUAUAGCCCGACUGCCAAGUUGAUGUUUUAUAUCGCUCUCUCGCUCCUGUCGGUUCUCCUGUGUUGUCGAGCUUUGACCCUAUCAAUGGUUUACUGUAAAGCUUCCUUGCCUUUCUUUAUACCACGUAGUGCCUUAAAAGAAUCUGAGUAAUAAUGAUGAAUUGUGUGGUGAUUGUGUCUGCAUUAAAAAUUGCAAUAGGGACUUUAACAA